UGAGCUCACUGCAAGACUAAAUCCUAUGCUAUUUCACAAAUGGCAGGAACAUUACAGAUAUUUGCAAAUUAUAAAAAUGAGAACUUGACUGACACAGAAAUGGCUUAGUUAUCAUCCAGUCAUCUAAAUUUAUUUCCUCAAAGCUUGAUUGUCAAGUGAACAAACUAAGAUGGCGUCUUUCCUUUUCUCAGCUAACUCUAAUCCCCAAAUCCUUGUGAGGGUCACUCAGACUCAGUGACAGUCGUUCAGACUCAAACUCAGAGGUAUUAGUUUUUAGCUAUGUCUUGACACUAAUAAUAGUAUCAUUACAUGACUUAUCAUUAUUAUUUUAGCGUUAAAAGGAAGUUACAAAAGGAUUAAGAGAAAUGGACUUGAUAAAUUAAGGACUGGAAAAGGACAGAUCAAACAUUUGCUACAACAACCAUGUCCACCAAUGCAAUGUCAGGUCACACAGCUUGCAAACUUACCACAGACAGUGAAGAGCAAAGUGAGGAUGACCUAAGUGCGCCUCAAUCAAAUCGUCUGGCCAACAUGAAUAACAGCAACAAUAAUGAAGAGAAAAAGAAAAAGGAGAAGGAAGAAAAAGAUGCAAAAGAAAAGGAACAAGAAAGAGAAAAGGAGAAAGAAAAGGAAAAAGAAAAGGAGAAGGAGAAAGAGAAAGAAAAGGAGAAAGAAAAGGAAAAAGCAAAGGAAAAGGACAAAGACAAGCCCAAGGAAAUAUUCGUCAUUAAUCCUGCAGGGAAUUUGUAUUACAACUGGCUUUUCAUCAUUGCAAUGCCAGUCAUGUAUAAUUGGACGAUGAUUAUAGCCAGGGCAUGCUUUGAGGAGCUGCAACAGGACUACAUUCUCUACUGGAUUUUGUUGGACUACAGCUGUGAUCUAAUUUACCUGGCGGAUAUGUUCGUCAGAACCAGAACAGGGUAUCUUGAGCAAGGCCUGAUGGUGAAAGAUAUGAAGUUGCUUCGAGAUAACUACGUCAAGAGCUUCCAGUUUCGUCUCGAUGUUCUCUCCAUGCUGCCGACAGACGUACUUUAUUUCGUCUUUGGCCUUCACUACCCCGAGAUCCGCAUCAACAAGCUGCUGAGAAUCGGCCGAAUGAUGGAGUUCUUCACGAGGACGGAGACUAAAACCAAUUAUCCAAACAUCUUCCGCAUUGGGAACCUAAUCAUGUACAUUCUCAUUAUCAUCCACUGGAAUGCAUGCUUCUACUUUUCAUUCUCCAAGUCGAUUGGCUUUGGCGCUGAUGACUGGGUCUACCCAGCCCUCGACGAUCCAGAGGAGCCUGAGUUUGGGCAGCCUAUGAGAAAAUAUGCAUUCAGCCUUUACUGGUCCACGCUGACUCUGACCACCAUUGGCGAAACUCCACCACCUGCUCUUGACUCAGAGUUUAUCUUUCAUGUGGUCGACUUCUUAGUUGGAGUCUUGAUCUUUGCUACCAUUGUGGGAAACAUUGCCACCAUGAUUUCCAAUAUGAAUGCUGCACAGGCCCAGUUUCAGUCCCGCAUCGACAACAUCAAACAAUACAUGCAGGUUCGAAAAGUCAGCAAAGAACUUGAGCUACGAGUUAUAAAGUGGUUUGACUACCUGUGGAAUAACGGCAAGGCACAAGAUGAGAGGGAGGUGCUGAGAUAUCUUCCUGACAAGCUACGAGCGGAAAUAGCCAUCCAAGUUCACAUGGACACCUUGAAGAAAGUUCGGAUUUUUGCGGACUGUGAGGCAGGCCUCCUGAUCCAACUCGUGCUCAAACUCCGUCCGCAGGUCUUUAGUCCAGGAGACUACAUUUGCAAAAAGGGCGACAUUGGUCGUGAGAUGUACAUCAUAAAAGAUGGAAAACUAGCAGUUGUUGCCGACGAUGGAGUCACACAGUUUGUAGUGCUGGGAAGUGGUAGCUAUUUUGGUGAAAUUAGUAUCCUUAAUAUUAAAGGCAGUAAAGCAGGCAACAGGCGAACUGCUAACAUUAGAAGCAUUGGCUACUCUGACCUCUUUUGUCUUUCCAAAGACGACCUGAUGGAGUCACUGAUCGAAUAUCCAGAUGCCAAAGCCAUGUUAGAGGAGAAAGGCCGGCAGAUCCUGAUGAAAGAUGGUCUCAUAGACUUGGACCCCGCCAACAUUAAGCCUGAAGUUAAGGAGCUGGAGGAGAAAGUCACCAAACUGUACAGCACCAUGGAACUGAUGCAGGUGAAGCUUAAGAAGAUUUUGGGAAAUUACAAACAUACUGGCAAAGCCCUGAGACAGCGGAUUACAGAUCUGGAGCGCCUGAGUGGAGAGGAGGUGGAAGAAGAAGAGGAGGAGGAAGAUGGAGGGAAAAUAGAGGCUAAAGAGAAGGAAGAAGAAAAAGAAACUGAUGAAAAGGUUGUGGAGGAAAAAGAAGAAAAACCAGAAGAGGAGAAAGGAGUUGAUGAAAAAGAUGAGGAAGAAGGAGAAGAAAAAACAGAAGACAAAAGUGAGGUAACAAAAACAGAUUAGGAUAAAGGUGAAGGAGGAAAAGCUGAUGAAGUAAACAAUGGAGUAGCAAAAGAGGACAAGACAGAAGAGUAAAAGAUAAAAAUAAAAAAAACAUUUGGUGUCUGAAAAACUAUUUUUGAAAUGAUCGCUGUCACUCAUCCUGUCAGACUUUCUGGCAAACUCAGAAGGGAUGAUCAGGAAGGAAGAUCGUUAAAACAUCAACUCAGAUAUGUCCAUAAAACUAGUUAUUGUACAAAAUUAUAUUUUGUCCAACUGUUCA